AUGCCGAAAAAGAUAAUUAUAAAGGUGGAAGUCCGCAAUGAGAAAUGCAGAAGCAAGGCCAUGAAAAUUGCAGCAGUGAGAGCAGGAGUGAUCUCGGUGUCAAUAGAAGGAGAAGGAAGAGACCAAUUGGUGGUAACGGGUGAUGGAGUUGACUCGGUUGAGUUGACGAAUGUGCUAAGGAAGAAGCUAGGACAUGCUACAAUUGUGAGUGUGCAAGAUGAGAAACCAGAAGAGGAGAAGAAAGAAGAAGAAGUGAAGCCAAUUGAAUAUGUGGGAUAUUAUAGUUCCUACUAUCCUCCUCCGCCUCCUUACUAUCAAAGAGUCGUUUAUGAUCCUUACCCUAGCAACGGCUUUAUUUGGUAUUGA